AUGACGCUUUCUUUCCCUCUUUCAUGCGUACCCAUACGACUGCCUGACUCGCUUCUUUCGUGUUCAACAGGUUCGGCAACUAGUUUUGUCUCAGUCGUCUUUUGGGACCGGUCGUCAUGGUGGUCGACGAGGUGGACAAGACUCUGCAUACGAGACAUUGUGAGCCAUCCUUCAAGUUUAUGUGUCGAUUCAAGUACUCUUUUGACUGGAGCGUACUAGUCCAUCCUACGACAGGCACAAGUUUGAAUAGCAUUGCUCCAACAACAACUGGCACGGACACUGGGACAACAGCGGCGACGGCGACGUCCCAAACAACUUCAUCCGAUAAUGGCUCAUCUGCAUCCAUGGACAAUACUGCAACAGAUACACUUUCGUCUGACAGUACCGACUCUGCUACACCCUCUCCCACCUCCGUCCAACCCUCCUUAUCCACCCUCCCAUCAUCCACCCCAUCUUCGUCUUCAUCCUCAGCUGUCUCUCCCACUAGCGCGGCUGAUAUUAGCACCUCACGGCACACCAACACUGGCGCCAUCGCAGGCGGAAUCAUCGGCGGUCUGGUCGGCCUUCUCCUUCUCCUCGGCCUCCUCCUCUGGGUCCUCCGCACGCGGCGUCGGCGGAAGAUCGCGCCCUCCUCCGAGUUCCUGGCCCGCUCCGCGGCAGCUCGAACCGCCAUGUUCUCCCAGACGCGUAUGGAUACACACGACGAUGCGGACGCGCCGCCGCCGUUCGCACGCGGGACAUUCAUCGAUCCAAUCGCGGAGAAGGUGCGCGAGGCGGAGGGGCAUCGGUCCCUGUGGCGCGGGCCCAACGAGGGGCCCGAGUUCGGGCACUGGCACUAUGGUCCACGUCAGGACGCGGAGGAUUUAGAAGGCGUGCUUGCAAGCUCCCCAGCGACGGAGAGGUUCGAGAGGUCGGAGAAGAGUUUCUUGAUAUUGUGAGCCUCAGGCUCAGUGUAUCUAAGGACGUUUGACGCGCCAGUGCGCCCAGCCUGCUCUUGUACUACUACGUGUUGUGCGGCUCUUGCGCACAUGUUCAAACCCACAAUCGGACAUUGGUGAUGAUGGAGGAUGUGUAUUCGGAGGGUAGAGGU